AUGAUUAGUGGACUUUCUAUAUCUACUACGGAAGCACAAUCAUCAAAUCCUAUUGUUGAUCUAUUUAUGAAGACAUUAAUUAAAACAAUUCAAACACCUAUUAGUUUAGAUGAAGCCAAUCCAACAAUGUCUGUUGAUAUUAUAUUAGAAAAUGAAGAAAUAUUUUCUCUUGAUGAUAUUCUUCGUUUAUUUAUUCAACAAUUUAUUCUUGCAUUAUAUGAUAAUCGUCUUCAUCUUGUACCUGAAGAUUGGGAAACACGAUAUCCUGAAUAUAGUAAAGUAUUGAGUGAAGUUAAUAAUGUUUUAGAUUUAAUUGGUAAACGACUAUUAUCUCAAAUAAAGAUAAAAGAUAUUCGACCACUUAUUAAUAGUUUAACACCUGCAGCAUUGUUAGAUUUACAAGUAUUACUAACAAAACUUGAUGAUGAAGAUGAAGCCAACAAAGAAAAUGAUGAUUCAGUUAAUGAAGAGUUAUAG